CUCGCGGCAACACAGAGGGUUCCACAGCGCGUGAGGAAGAGGCGACGUUCUAAAAGGAGAAAAAGAGAAAAGAUUUGAUUUAAAGAGGAGGAAAAAAGCACUUCUCCUCAAGAGGUUUGUGCCGAACCAUCCUGACCACACCUGAUCGACCAAUCACCUGCUGAGUUUCUGUUAUUCAUCGGAUCACUGAUCUGCACCAGACAGACCGAUCAGUGAUCCCAGCCAACAGCAAAUCAGACGCCACCAGGAAUAUUUGUGAAACUUUAACCUGCAGAAACACAAGCAGCACAUUAACGUUUAUUUUGUGACUGUGGUGAACUUUUUCCUUAUUGAUCAGACAAUCAAUAAGUUUUCCUUAAGGGGGGAAAUAAAGAUAAUCAAUGGCGGCUUCCGAGCUGAUCCGCGGCACCGACGAUGUCCGCCCUCAUGUGGAAGUUAACGUAACCGCAAGCACCCUGCCUUUGACUCCUCAUCCUCCCAGAGUUGCCAACGGUAACCCGGCUGGCCACACGCACUCACCGCCGACCGCCGGCGACGCCCACGAUGGCAAAAACAAGCACGAGCGCAGCAAACUGAGCAGUCUGCUACAGAACCAGCUGAUCCACUCGCUGAGCAGCGGCCUGAGGCGACAAUGCGACUACGUGAAGAUCUCCGUUCCCGAGGAGCGAGCGGACCGCCUCCCCACAGAGUGGUGGAAGACAGCCGUGGCCUUCCUCUAUGCCCUCUUCAACCUCGUCUUCACCACUGUCGUCAUCACCAUCGUUCACGAGAGGGUGCCGGACAAAUCGGUGAGCCCGCCGCUGCCCGACAAGUUCUUCGACUACGUGGACCGGGUUCCCUGGGCCUUCAACGUCACCGAGGUCAACGGGCUGAUCCUGGUGGGACUCUGGUUCGUCCAGUGGAUCUGCCUCAAACACAAAUCGAUCAUUGGUCGUCGCUGUUUCUUCCUGAUCGGGACUCUCUACAUGUAUCGCUGCGUCACCAUGUACAUCACCACGCUGCCAGUGCCUGGGAAACACAUGGUGUGCGCUCCCAAGCUUUACAACGACUCAACUGGCAAAAUUUGGAGGAUUCUGAGGCUGAUUUCAGGAGGAGGUUUGUCUCUGACCAGUUCCCACAUGAUGUGCGGUGACUUCCUGUACAGCGGUCACACGGUCAUGUUGACGCUGUCCUACCUCUUCAUCAAAGAGUACUCUCCUCCGUGGAUGUGGUGGUAUCGAUGGUUCUGCUGGUUUCUGAGCGCCUCGGGAGUCAUUUGCAUCCUAAUCGGCCACGAGCACUACAGCAUCGACGUGGUGAUCGGAUACAUCGCCACCACCAGGACGUUCUGGUGGUACCACACCAUGGCCAACACACACACUCUGCGUGAUGCGCCCAACAACUACCUGUCGAACACGUGGUGGAACGUGAUCUUUAACUUCUUGGAGAGGAACGUUCAGACGAAGGUUCCCGUCGUGUUCUCAUCGCCAGUGCCGCUGCCGUCCUCCUGCAGGCAGCGCUACAGGAUGGUGGAGGGGGGGAGGGACGAGUGA